UUGGGCCCAAUUUCUCUCCUCAAGCUCUCAGACCCACUAAAUUAGAGAGCGUCGGACACACAAAUUUUGCAGAUUCAUUCCGAGAAAAUCUUGGAGCCACAGAGAGAGAGAGAGAACAUCCCACUUCUUGCUGCUCAAAAAUAUCCUCAUCGCUCCAAAGCUUCGUUUUCUUUUAGUACCCGGAGAGCCUGUGAUUCAGAGAGUUCAGGGUGGGUUUUUUUUUCUUUUUUUUUUCCUUUUUUGGGAAAAUUUUUCUUCUUGUGAAGUGCGGCGACAUGGGUGAAUCAGCUUGCCUUCUCAGAUCCUUCUCUCAUCCUUCUGAUGCUUCACGGGAACCCAAAGAGGGAGAUCCUAUUCGAGCUCUUGGAGAAUCCAUUUCAUUUGGAAGGUUUAUGUCAGAGUCUCUGGCUUGGGAGAAAUGGUCAGCGUUCUCUCAUAACCGCUACAUGGAAGAAGUUGAAAAGUUCUCCAAACCGGGCUCUGUUGCUCAGAAGAAAGCAUAUUUCGAAGCUCACUACAAGAGAAAAGCUGCACAAAAGGCAGCAGCUGAGCUUGAGGGAGUGAAUACCGCAGCCGCGAUGACUCAAGUUGAAACUGAGGACAAAAGUUGCACCAGCCCUUGCGUGGACUCAGAGCCGAUGAGACCAAACAACCAAGUGACUGAAACUGAUGAAAAACAGGAUUUUGUUCAGAAUGCUGAGUUUGUGUCUACUACUGAUGCUGAUGCUCAUGAUUCUAUGAAUGAGGAGAGUAUGGUGGAAACUGGUAAGGUGGAAGAAGAAGAAGAAGUUAUUGACCAGAACGAGACUUCUCCUAAUGUUGAAAGUGCCAACCAGUGUGAGAAUGUCGAAGACCACGGCAAAAUUGCGGUUGCUGAAGAUAAGGAAACACCGGCUAAAGCAGCUGCUGUGAAGGAGAUUGUCUCUUCAGGGGGUAGCUUGAAAAGAUUGAGGAAUUACUCCUCCAAGUUACUAACUCGAAGUUGGUCAUCAAAGCCACAAUCGAUUCCGGCCAAAAAAGCGACCUCCAGUCAGCAACCCACACACAAGAGUGAUGCUACUCCGAAGAGUAAGAAAUAUGCAGGGAACAUUGCCGAGAGGGUGACGAUCAAAUCCGUACACAUGUCUAUGAAUUUUAAUUCCCGCCUGAAAGAGACAGGCAAAACAAGUCCAGACCUUCCACAGAUUGGAAGAAAGAGGACACAUACAAGCUCACUUGCAGUCUCCAAAGAGAUUCCGACACCGCCUCAGAAGAUUGCUAAUAGGGCAUCUGUUAAUGGAUUGUUAAAGCAACCUUUGAUAAAACCCCCAUUAGAAGGUAGAAGAUGCUUAAAGUCUUCGAAUUCAAGUGGAACUGGAAGCAAAGAACGGCCUCCUUUCAUAUGCUCGCCUUUCAGCUUCAUGAGUGAAGGAAGAGUGGCAAAACGGAAAGAGUUCUUUCAAAAGCUUGAAGAGAAAGCCAAGUCCAAAGAGACGGAGCAAAAGCAACCACAGGCAAGAUGUCAGGAAAGAAAGAAGAAUGACAUUACCAAAUUACGUCCGAGCAGAAAUUUUGAAGCCAAGGAAAAUCAAGAUUCUAACCAGGGAUCAAAAUCACCUACCAAUUUCAUCAAAAAGAUCCCUAUCACGAGACCUGGAUCGCCCAAAUUAGGGAGGAAGUCGGCAGGCAGCGGGGUCCAGAAUAUCAGCUCUCUGCCUCCAAGAAGGCCAUCAGUCACUUCCAAUAAUUUCAAGAGCAUCGUCAGAAAGAGGUACGAAGGCCCCGCUCAAUCAGUCACUUCUCUUGGGAAGAAAAUGAAUGCCUGUGAAAAUUUUUCUCCAAAUAUCCAGAGUUGACCAAUCUCUCUCAGCAGCUGGAUGCACUUGAAUAGUUACACAUCAUGAAACUAAAGAAAGUUUUUAGAAAGCAAAUUGUCUAUAUUCUGUCAUGGGGGUGUGGUGCUGUUCAAAUGACCAAAAAGUUGACUUUUGUUGUAGGCCACUUUCUGAUUGUUAGUGGAAUACUUCUAAUAGUAUGCAUAAAUUUUGGUGUAA